CGUCACUGCGUCAGCGCCAGUGAAUGUCUGCGUCGGGACGGAACUGCUGUAGGGUCGACGAAUAAUUGGAGAUGAAGGAGAAAAUGGAAAAUAAACAAGGGUUUUAGAAUUGUAGCGGUAAAUUAGCGGUAGUAUUAAUUUUUGUAGCCUCAUUUUAAAGCGAAUGUUAUAUGAGGACUCGUGGAGGAAGUACUUUAAUCGCAGUAAGAUAGCGAAUGUAGGGAGAGUUGGGGAGGGCUGUAGCUGCUGGGUUUUUUUGGAGAGGGAAAACAACAUGGCUGCGGUGGAGCUCGAAUGGAUCCCAGAAACACUGUACAACACCGCUAUCUCGGCUGUGGUGGACAAUUACAGCCGUUCAAGAAGGGACAUACGCUCGCUCCCGGAAAAUAUACAGUUCGAUGUCUAUUAUAAGCUUUACCAGCAGGGCCGGCUUUGCCAGCUGGGAGGAGAGUUCUGUGAGCUGGAGGUGUUUGCUAAAGUACUGCGGGCUUCAGACAAAAGACACCUCCUGCACCACUGCUUCCAGGCCCUAAUGGACCACGGUGUGAAAGUGGCCUCAGUUCUGGCAAACUCCUUCAGCCGCCGCUGCUCCUACAUCGCAGAGUCAGACGCCCAUGUCAAAGAGAAGGCCAUCCAAUUCGGCUUUGUGCUGGGUGGCUUCUUAUCUGAUGCGGGCUGGUAUGGAGAUGCAGAGAAGGUGUUUCUGUCGUGCCUGCAGCUGUGCACACUCCACAGUGAAGUCCUCCACUGCUUCCGGGCUGUGGAAUGCUGUGUCAGGCUGCUUCAUGUCCGUAAUGGCAACUGUAAGUACCACCUGGGGGAGGAGACCUUCAAGCUUGCUCAGUCUUACAUGGACAAACUAGCCAAACAUGGCCACCAGGCCAACAAGGCAGCGCUAUACGGCGAGCUUUGUGCCUUGCUCUUCGCCAAAAGCCACUAUGAUGAGGCAUACAGGUGGUGUAUAGAGGCUAUGAAGGAAAUUACUCCAGGGCUGCCUGUCAAAGUAGUGGUUGAUGUCCUCCGGCAAGCCUCCAAGGCCUGCGUGGUGAAGAGAGAGUUCAGAAAAGCAGAGCAGCUGAUCAAACAUGCAGUGUUUCUAGCAAGAGAACAUUUUGGACACAAGCAUCCCAAGUACUCCGACACAUUGUUAGAUUACGGAUUUUACUUAUUAAACGUAGACAACAUAUGCCAAUCAGUUGCUAUUUACCAGACAGCACUGGACAUCCGACAGUCUGUGUUCGGGGGGAAGAACAUCCACGUAGCCACAGCCCAUGAAGACCUGGCCUAUUCUUCAUACGUGCACCAGUACAGCUCGGGGAAAUUUGACAACGCUCUAUUCCAUGCAGAACGUGCCAUAGACAUCAUAACUCACAUUCUGCCUGAGGACCAUCUGCUGCUGGCCUCCUCCAAGAGAGUCAAAGCUUUGAUUCUGGAGGAAAUAGCUAUCGACUGCCACAAUAAGGAGACAGAAGAGCGCCUUCUGCAGGAGGCUCAUGACCUUCACCUCUCCUCAUUGCAGCUGGCCAAGAAGGCCUUCGGAGAGUUCAACGUCCAGACAGCCAAACACUAUGGCAACCUAGGACGACUCUACCAGUCCAUGAGGAAGUUCAAGGAGGCAGAGGAGAUGCACAUCAAAGCCAUCCAGAUCAAGGAGCAGCUUCUGGGCCACGAGGACUACGAGGUGGCUCUGUCUGUGGGUCACCUGGCCUCCCUCUAUAACUACGACAUGAACCAGUAUGAAGACGCAGAGCGGCUCUACCUGCGCUCCAUUGCUAUCGGUAAGAAGCUGUUUGGAGAGGGUUACAGCGGGCUGGAGUACGACUACAGAGGCCUGAUCAAACUCUACAACUCAGUGGGAAACUACGAGAAGGUGUUUGAAUACCACAACGUACUGUCCAACUGGAACCGGCUGAGGGACCGGCAGUUUGCCGUGGCAGAUGCCCUGGAGGACGUCAACACUACACCCCAGCAGACCCAGGAGGUGGUACAAGCUUUCCUAUUGGCUCAGAGCCUGGGCCCCACCCGCCCCUGUCUUGGCUGAUUUUAUGAGGGAAGAGGGGGGGAAAAAGACACGUGGGCUUUAGCCUGGUGAGGACACAUAAUGAGCCCAAAUGUGAUGCUUCAGUUGCACACAGUUUAUUAGUAAUACACAGUAAUUUCAAGCAUCACCGGCAAGUCGGUUGGCUUUAUAGUCACUGCAGCUGCCAGUACACACACAGACAUACACACACACACACACAUUUGGUUGUGGAAAAAAGUAGAGAAGACACCGUUAUCAAACCUCAUCGACACCCACACAAACCACCAAGAUGCAACUCCAGACUGGAUGCAGCUUCCUCCCACAGAGCAGAACGUUGCAUUUCUCCAAGAGAAAGAAGACAUGCGACUGGGAGGGACCCUCAAACGUCCUGUAAGGAUGACAAAUGACCUCUCCUCUCCUCUCCUCUCCUCUUCUCUUGUCUCACUCGCCUUUUUCUUUUCAGUUUGGAGUUGGAGAACAUUUUUGCUUUUGUAUUUGAACCAGUGUAACUCUGAAUGCCAUGAGACUCAUCACAGAUCACAACCAUGUUCUCCAGGGCUAUGUACAUGACAGCGUCUGGACCCCACACACAUCUGUGAAAUGCGUGUUUCAGCUCACAUCCAUCAAGAUCAUCACUUGGCAGAUCACAGAUGGGAAAAUGUCAGAUAUUUUUCACACUUGUACAGUAAAAUAAUACAGCAGAUUGUACACUUAAGUUUCAGUUGAAGGCUUCCUGUUUUUUUUUCUUAGCAAAGAAAUGAAAGUGGACCCUAAGAAAAGUCCUGUUUCGAACUGCUUGGUGGAGAGAGAUUACAAACAGUGGAAUGUGUUCAACCAGUGGGUAUAUUGUUACACACAUAACAGGCUUCACAGGCCUUGUUUUCAGUUUAUUUUAUCUCUUUUUCCAGCUUAAUACUGACCUAGAAUAAUUAAAAUGCCAAUAAUUUAUAUGCAAAAGUGUAUGUUUAUGUAGCCCUUUGUUUAUGCCAUGAAUUCUAAAGAAACAGCUGAAACACUAUUGGUUUAAAAGAAACGACAUGGAUAGGAGUGUGAAGAGGAAGAUGCUACAUGUACAGAGGCUUAUAAGCCUCCUUUUAUUUGUUAAUCUUAAGGUGUGGCUUCACGUGUGAGUGUGUAUGUGUGUCAGUAUACACAGAUAGAACUCUGGGUGCCCAAGUGCUCCACUGAUGAUUACCAGCCUUACACCAGCUUGCAGUUAACUGUCUGUAGACGGACCCAUACUUCUAAGUGCUAAAUAAACUAGUAUACCCUUAAGGGCACUACAGUGGGGACCAAUAUAGUAUAUUUGUGUAUUUGCCAGCCUGUACCUUUACCUGUACAUCUUUCCUCUCCACUCCUUUCUGUCAGAUAUGCCAUUACAGCAAAGUUCCAGAAUAAUUGUUUUUUUAACUUGACCAUGUUUUUCCAUCAGUCUCCAUCAUGCUGACUGUCCAAAAUCCCAUCAAUUGUUUCACCAUAGCACUUAACUGUCUUGCUUUCAAGGGUGCUGAUCUUUAAUCAUAAUGAACCAGUGGGGAAAAUAACCCUGAAAACAACCAAUGACGUGUUUUUAAAAUUUUAACGCCGUGAUGGUCACUUGAAACUCAUGUCGGUGAAAAUUAUCUAAUGCCAAAUCAUUCCGGGCAGUCUGAUGCUUCAUUGAUGCUUCUGGUCUACAUGCAGCCCCUUUUAAAGGAUCAGAUCACUCAAAUUACCAAAAAAAAAAAAGAUUGAUCUCACUUACCUCUAGUGCAGUGGUUCCCAGCCGUAUUUGCUUAAAACCAAGCCUAUAGUGGUGUUUAAAAAAUAUAUAUAUAUAUCUGCCAAUAUUCAUUCUUUUUACAUAAACAAACAUGUCCAAAUUUAACCUAAGGUAAGGAUCCCUUACUUAAUUGGGACCAAGAUAUGUACUUGCAGUAGACUCGGUAUGGUGUCAAAAAUCUUUGGAAGCCUUGGAAGUGGAAAAACUGUCCCUAGGAAAACUGGAGUAAUGGGGGUACUUGGAAGGAAAUGUUGCCUCUUUUAUGUAAUUUUUUUUAAUAGAGAAGAAACUCCAUUCACUUUGAUUGUAUUGAGGUGGAGGCAGAAAUGUCAGAAAUCUCUCUGUGUGGUUAAAUACCAUUAGAGGUAAGUGAGAAAUGUUUUUUUCUCAUAAUUUGGGUGAUCUGACGCUUUAAAUGAGUGCAGAGUGAAUAGUCACAGCUGUGUGGCCAUGGAAGAAUUGAGACAAGCAUGACAUUUGUAGCUUUGCAGAGAAAUGACUGAUGAGAUUUUGCUCUGAAAUCUUCUCACUGAUGGAAAAUGCGAAAAUAAGUGAGUCCAGCUUUAAAACGAAUUUAGGCACUGAUAUCUGUAACAUUACUGACAAUGCGAUGCCUUUGAUAAGCACCACAUUUGGUUUGUUUUUUAAAUGAAUGAAGAAAACGAGCUUUGCCUUGCUGUUGCUUCAGUGCUGUCGGACGUCUCCCUCUCUAGCAGUGAUGUGAGUGGCUCUAGCUGAGGAGGUCCAGCCUUAGCCCCCUUAAAGGACGCUCAGCUACACUCGGUGCUUUGACUUUAACAGGUGCACCCUCCCUUUUGGGAGACGGGGAACAUUUUUCCAGGGCAGACGUGGAAAUGAAUGUUACCCACAGUCGGUAUUUCCAAGCAGUUGUAUAGAAAGAUAAAAGAUUAGACUUGGACAAUUUGCAGAAAACAGUAUAUUAUAGAAGAGUAAGGCUUAAGACAAAUGGUAAAUGCAUAUCUUCAUGUCCUACAAAGUGGGUAACUGCAAAAAUUGAAUGGAAAAAUCUACCCUCAGAUACUCCUACACUGUCAGAUAGCAUCAUGAUUAAUCCAUCCUAAGAUUUAUUUUGUUCUUUCGUCCAGCUACACUGAGCUUUUAAUCAAAGCUCACAUGUCCUGUUGAAUUGCAUUCUGGUCUAUAAGAGCUACUGUUUUGGAGCCACUGGCAUGUGAUUUCUGCGUCUUCGCGAUGGCUUUUUCUCUGUUCCACCUGUGAAAGUUCUAGAAAAGGCUCUUUUUCACUGAUUUUGAGGUGAAGCAUUUUCUUUCCAAACUCCAGCUGAACUGUCAACAUUCGGCCAUGAUGUCACAUUCUCUGUUUGGCCAACAGGAAAAAUGAAAUUUUGAAACAGUGUUGAAGUAUUUUAAGGUAUUUUCCUUUAACAAUAACCCUGACAAACCAGCUGACUGAUGGAACAUACGGGACAAGGUUUGACUUGACAAUACCUACUGGUCAUCAUUGUGAUCUACUGAUUUGAAAGGGAAUACCAUCGUUUCAGUGCUGGAGGGGGUGGCGGGUCAAAGGGCAUGGGCUUGCUGGGAAAGAUGGACAAAGUUAAAGAUAAAAGCUGUGACGUCUCUCAUAGGUGUUCAGGUGAUUGACACCAAAUGUGAUGAGGGGAUGUUUCGCUGCUUCACUGUUAGCUGCAAAAACAUUAAAACUUAUAUCAUUGAUCACAAACA